AUGGCAACUCUAUUGGGAAACAAAUUAUCUCGACCACAAAUAGGCAAUCGCUACGGCGCUUGGUACCUGAAACCAGAAUCGUGGAAGCUGUCCAAGAAGAGCGAGCCACUGAUAGAUCCUUAUGAGCUGCAAGAACAGGAGGACCUUGAGCCAUCUGAGCAUGAUAAAGAACUUGCCAAGUUGCACGGCGCUCAAACUUUCCGAGCAUUCCUUGAAAAACACAACACGAAGGUUCCCUCGUUCAUGACAGAUGUGAUAGCAGCGCAAGAUUAUCAAGAGAAGCCGAAAGCCAAGUCUCCGAGCAAGGAAACAGUUGAUGAUGAGACGUCUGACUGA